CAACGUUCUCAGCAACGCCAAGAAGGUCAAAGACCAGUCCACUUGCUCAAAGUGGAGACGUGGACAGAAUUCCGCUGAGCCAUCAGCCUUUGUGGAGUCACAUUCGCAUCUUCGCGUCUACACACCUACAGCAUCUACGACCACACCCUCACCUUCUCUGCCCUCCCACGCCCUGGGCCCGAUCUGAUCUAGUGGGGCACUGCGUACAAGCUUGAGCUUGGUUCUCACGAGGCCCUUCUUUAUAAGGACGCUGACGACCUACCAAGGCACUGGAUCCAUUUACCCAAAAUUCUUCAUUUUUUGACAUCCUCCCGCCCCUGUGCGGACUACCUUGCCUAUUUCUACUUCAACAAUAACAAACAACAUUAACACCACAUCACAACAACGUUACACACCUUCACAAUGGAAACGUACCACGGCUAUGUGCGGACACCCGCCGAUGCUAUUCGACUCUUUGAAGCCUGCCGAUUAGGCAUCUUGCCCCGUGUGCAACGACGACUUUCGGAGAAGGAGAGACAAUCAAUUCGAUCUGGUUCUGUUUUUGUCUGGGACGAGCGGGAAGCUGGUAUGAGAAGAUGGACCGAUGGCAAGUCAUGGAGUGCCAGUCGGGUUUCGGGAAGCUUCCUCACAUACCGUGAAAUGGAGGGCAAGCGAGGCGGAGGCUUCAACACCAACCGACGAGGUGGUGGUAAAACUCCAGACUCUGGACGCGGUAGCGACGAGGAUCAAGACGACGGAGAGCCUGAGGGUUACCGAUACAAGGCAGACGGCCUCAUGAAGCAGUCUUUCAGCAUCACCACUUCCAGCGGCCAACACCUUCACCUCAUCUCAUACUACUCUCGCCCACAACCUGGUCAGCCUGAGCUCCAGCAACCAACAAGCGACCCUGCGUUGCGAGGUAUUACUCCCGUCAAGGGCAUGUACCCCGAGUCCAGCAUGGGCGAGGCCAACACCACUCCUGCUCUCACUCGUGCGCCUAUGCAGCAACCUCCCUACAUGCCUCAGCCCGGUCAGAACCCUUACGGUGCCUACCCUCAACCUGGAUAUGGCUGGCCUCCUUCUCCUGCUGCUACUCCUCCCUACAGCCACUACGCCGCCCCCUACCCUCACAACAUCCCACAACAAUACCUGCCUCAUGCUGGUCACCCCGGCCACCCAGGCCUACCUCCUCCACACUACCCCCAGGCACCUGUUUAUGAGCACCGUGCUGCUCCUCUUCCUCCUCCUCUGACUACCAAGUCUCCUCACCACCCGCACCUUUCUCUCCCCAGAGCACACGAGUCUCCUCGUGAGCAACAUCUCCAGGCAGCUGCUCAAAGCGCCAUGGUUGAUUCUCGUAACGGUGCUUCACACACUCACCAAGUAGCUCUACCAAGUCUCGGCGCGGUCACCAACGGCCCUCCCGGUUCAUCCUUGGCAGCAAUUAGCACACCUCCUAGCAGAACCAUGAGCGUUAGCCCCACUCGAAGCUCUCGUCCUGAGGUGUCAGGUCUCUCUACCCUUCACGCGGUGCUUCACCAUACCCCCGCUACCAGCGAGAGUGGUAGUGCCAAGCCUGGUAGUGCCGCCAGCAGCCCUAGAGCGUCUGUUGCUUGUGGCCUGGAAAAGGGCGGCGUCAGCGAGGAUGCGAGAGCCCUGAGAAUGUUGGAUCGCAAGUUCUGCAUCUAGGAGAAGGAGCAGACAGAGCAUGCACAGUCAUCGAAGAUCAACUUUCAUGGUGAUUCGAACUGGUUUGGAGGCUAAAAUUGGGGACUGCAUUACAUGGGGUUAUUGUUUGUACAUCAUAUGCAUCGUUACGGCGUCUUGUUUUUUUAGGGGCAACAGCCAAAGGGGCUCGUUGUGGACAAAUUCAGCGUUUGUUUUUUUACGACUGGGAAUGGGAGAGGAAUGAAUGAACUGGUGUUUCGGAUCACAUAGAAUCGUCAUGGUUCAGUGAUAUUUAGGUGUCAUUACUUGAUAGUAAUGAAGUUAUCGUUCAUGUACAUAGAUGUUUACUGAGCAAUAUCAGAAGUACAUGGUUAAAACUUGCCCACUAUCUUUCAUGCU